AUGGACCAUUUGAAGUUUUAUUUGUACAAUACGGCAUUUGUGCAAAUCGCGUUGAUCACCUCGGCAUAUCUCACGCAGCAUAGGGUUGUUCCCAAUGUCGGCUCAACUGCAAUUAUGUCGAAAGCGGCGUGCUCGUGGAUCGGACCGAAUUCAUGUUUUAUGGUUUACAUUGUGUAUACCGCGCUCAGCGUUGAUGUCGCCAUCUCAAUUAGCAACACAAUUCUGUACCGCUACCUAGUAGUCGGACUGCACUAUAUAACUCCGAAGCUGAUAUUCAUCAUGAUCGCGUGCUCUCACAUUCUGCCAUUUCUUCUUCUGCUCGCUCCUCUCGCAGACACGUGGGAUUUUGAAAAAGUUCGAAGGGCGACGCAUCAAGCUCACCCGACCUACAAUUUAACCAUCUAUGAGCCCAUUUAUGGCUUCGCCAACACAAACUCGCUUCUAUUUAUGCUUGGCACUGCAAUAAUGGCUGGCGGCAGCUACGGAAUCCCGUUGUGCAGCGGAAUAUUGACAAGAAAGCACUUGUUUCUGGCGAUGGCGAGUCUUCCAGGCCUCAUCGAUCCUUUAAUCUCGUUCUACUUCAUUGUUCCCUAUAGACAAACCAUAUCGGCAAUAUUCUGUCCUGAAAAACGUACGGCCAACAAGGAAAUCAUGACGAUCACAAGCUCUUCCGUUUUAUCAUGA